GUUUAGGAAGUGGAACGGCGUCAGAUUCAAACGGAGACCGAGCUGCAGAUGAACAGAUCAUUUACAUCACACUGACGCCAUGUCCACCAGACCGGCAGCUGCUCGGGAAGAUGACCAUGUCCGUGACCGGACAAAGCACCGGAAGAGCAGACAGUCCAAAACAGUUCUGCGGGCAUCUCAUCCUCAACCUGCUAACCAGUCCAUUCAGAGUUCACUGGAGGAAAUCAGCCGGCUGAGAGAGGUGACUGGUCACCUAUGCAGAGAGGGGAGCAGCAGUGAGAGAGAGGAGGAGCUGAGAUGGAAGAUUAACCAGCUGGAGAAAGACAAGCUCGAACUCACCUCAAAGUACAACCAGGAGGUGUCGGGGUAUGAGGCUCAGCUAGCUCGACUCCGCGCCCUGCUGGAGAGAGGAGAGGCCAACAGACAGACGCUGGAGUACGAGGUAGCCGUGGUGAGGAGAGAUGCUGCUGUGCAGAAAAGCUCCUCUGAGGACAGAAUUGCUGACCUACAUAAACACAACCAGCAGCUGAAGACUCUCAGUGCAGAGCUGAGCCAGAGGGUUUCAGAUUUGGAGAGGGCUCUGGAAAUCACAAGACAGGCGCGAGAAGAAGACCAGCAGGGCCUUCAGGCGGAGCUGCACGAGAGGGACCGCCUGCUUCUUAGCAGCAAUGCUGAAAAUGACCUGCUGCAGGCAGAGAAGAGGCGACUGGAGGCACUGCUGCAGGAGCAGAAUGACACUCUGAAGGAGCUCAAGGACAAGAUGGACAGAGUGCAGAAAGGAAGAGAGAGGGAUGCAGAGGAGCUGAGAGUGAAGACAUCAGAACUGAAGCUCAGUGCAGACAGAGAGGAGAGGAUGCGGACGGAGGUGGAGUCUGCCAUGCAGAGAAUGAAGGCUCUGGAGGAGAAUGUGGAGUCAGAGAGAGCUGCUCACCUGGAGUCCAAGUUCAACUCUGAGAUCAUCCAGCUGCGGCUCAGGGAUCUGGAAGCUGCUCUGUGUGUGGAGAAGAACAGUCAGGCUGAAGCUGUGUCGAACCUGGAGCUGCUCAGACAGCAGUUUGGAGAGGUGGAGAAAGCGUACACGCGAGAGAGAGACAGAGCCAAGGACACACACCACAAACUCCAGCAGCUGGAGAAGGAAUACCUGAGCACUAAGACUGAGCUGAUUGGUCAGCUGGAUAAAGAGAAGGCUGCUGCAGCUGAGCUGAUUGGUCAGUUGGAGCAGGAAAGGGCGGAGUCAGUUAAGCUGUCCCUCAGACUGCAGGAGGAGGAGAGAGUGCAGACGGAGAACCAACACACACUCAGCCUGCUUCAAAAGAAGCUUGUGUGGGUGGAGGAGGCACAUGAGGGUCUUCUGAAAGAAAUGGAGCAGUUGUUACAGCAUUAUCACCACUUGGGGGCUCCACAGAUCAACAACACAGGGGAGGGAGAUAAACACAGUUCCUCUGCUAUGAUGGACAUCCUGAGGAGAACACUACAACACUAUCAUACAGAGCUGAAGGACUUGUUGAAAGUGGUGGAUACGCUGAAAAAAGAGAGCAAAGAGAAAGAGGAGAUCAUCACUGAACAGAGGAGACACAUCCAGGAGUGUGAGGGGCAGUGUGUGUGUUUGGGCGAGGAGGUGAAGCGUCUGCGUGUGAGUGUUACAGAAGCUGCAGCCGCUGCAGAUCGAGCGCAGACGGAGCUCCGCAACGUCACACAGCGCUGGGAGGAGGAGAGAGAGCGACACACACACACCCGAGCACAGAUACACACUCUCACUCAGGAGCACGAGAGAGACCAGCAGGAGAAGCUGGCGUUCUUGCACUCUCUGUAUCAGCAGCUUGUUGCUGGCUGUGUGCUGGUGGCCCCACCUCAGAGCAUGCUGGGAAGUUUUUCAUGGGUGGAGCUUAGCACUGUGCUGCAGGAGCAUGUGGAUGCGCUGGCCUCUGACCUUAGCUCAGCCAAUCAGAAGAUCUCAGGUCUGGAGAGUGUGUGUGAGGGGAAGGCGGCAGCGCUGGCGAGUGUGUGUGAGCAGCUGAAGCAGAGGGAGGAGAGCUGGAUCAGACAGAGAGAAGAGCUGGACACACACCACACUCAGCUAACCAACGAGUUACAGACUAGAGUUCAGAAUUUGAGGAGGACGCUGGAUCAGGCUGAGGAGAGCAUCCGUGUUUUGGAGCGCGGUCGUUCUGACCUCGAACAGGAACUGACCCGCCUGCAGGACCUCCUGAGUGUGUGUCGCCGUGACGAUGCGUCCCUGCUGGCGGCCUGUGCGCUGCUGGCCGGUUGUGUGUGUGAGCUGUACGGGCGCGUGGGUGUGCUGGCGCGUCAGAAGACGCUGCUGUGGGGCCGAGUUUGUGACGGAGCGGCUCUGGAGCGUGAGGUGGGCUCUCUUCUGCAUGCGCUCAGUGAGCCUGAGGUCAAAGGUCAGGCGGAGGUGAGAGGAGGUGUGUGGGCGUUCCGGCGGUGUGUGAUCGCCGUGCUGGCCGCUCUUCGUCUCCAGGCGCUCCAGCGGAACUCACGCAGGCUCUUCAGGGUCAGCAGCAGGUCAGGGGAGUCUCCCGGGGUUUGUGUGAGGGAGGUUCGUCUGAGAGAGGGAUCACCAAGGACAGAGAGAGAGGAAGAGGAGGAGGAGAGGAGUGUCCGAGUGAUGAAGAUGCUGAGAUCCUCUGAGCUCGCUGUGCUCAUACACAGCUGCAUGCAGGGAGUGCAGCAGGAGCUGGACAAAACGGAGCUCAGCUCUGCUGUGCUGAAUGCAGCUCAGAACAGCUUCAGUAAACUGCUGGAGAGACUGCUUUCAGAAACGGACCCUGGCUGUUGGGGGCGCUGGGGAAAUGUAGGGAUGUUGGCCCGGCAACUUGGUCAUGGUCUGCAGAGGCUUCGCACAGCUCACCACAUUCCGGCAAGACGUUACACCAGCAAGUGCAUGGUAUCUUCCUUGCAGCAGCACUUCCUGGUGUUCACCCAGCGGCUGCACUCCGCAGAGGUGGAGCGGAGAGAACUGAGACUCGAGCUGUCCCGCCUUAAACGCAGCACAGCACACUCCCGCAACAAACCCAAAGACAACACACACACUACGUGCGUUCCUGUGAAUCAGUUCCAGAGUGUGUGUGCGGAGCUGAGCUCUGCUCUGCAGAGGGAACAGGAGGUUCAGGCUCUCCUGCACCAGCAGGCCACACAGCUGCAGGAACUGGGCCUCACCAUGGAGCUGCACACUGGGGACCAGCUGGAGAAAGACCGCACACUGGCUCAGGCUGUGCAGAGCCUGUCAGAAGCAAAGGCGGAGCUUAAGAGAAAGGAACAGUCCCUGCGUCUGUUGGGGAAGCGACUGAGCCAAUCACAGCAGGAGAAGCAGCAGCUACAGCAGAGCAUCAGCAGUGCAGAGAAUGCGCUACGCAUGGCAGCAAAGAAUAAAGACUCGUUAGCCAGCUAUGUGAAAUCUGUGGAGAGCAGUCUGAAAGAGCUGAAAGAUCGCAUCAUUCUCUCUCGCUCCUCGACGUCCCGAGAGGACUUCACCUUGCACUUACCCAAAACACUUUUGGACGUGGCAGAACCGAAGUGGAACACGGGAGGGCCAGAGAUAGCUGCCUGUCAGACUCUGGUAAGGAGUUUUCUGGAAGUGUAUCAGUUGGCGUGCUCCAAGAUGGCGUCUCUGGAGAGAGAGAUUUCCUCUUAUCAGAGCCACAUCACGGCGCUGAAGGCGGAGCUACAGGACGCCUGCCUCAGAGAGAGCCAGAUCUAUGUGCCUGUGAUGGGAGCUGAUGAACCCGCACUUCCGCUUUUUGAAGUAGAAGUGGAUUCUGGGACACCCCCACUCUCAGAUGCUGGUGUCACACUCAAAGACAUCCCUGGAAAUUUGCGUCCUCUUCAGUCAGUUCCACUGAAGAAAAGCAAAGCUGUGAAAAAAGGCUCUAAAAACACUAAAACUCUCAAAGGUGCCUCAAAACCAUAAACACAGAACUCUACAUAUCAUUCAGAAUAUUUAUAGUUUAGGAUUACACAGUUUUUAUUGUAUUUUGUUUUCACAUUGUUUUAUACCCUCUUGUAAAGACUAACAACUGUUGUGAAAAGUCCUGUAAACAGUAUUGGAAAUAAACAGUACUGAACAGUG